AUGGAAGUAAAUCUGUUACUCGUGGUCACAAUAUUGGCCGUGUUUGCAUAUUUGUACCAUCUGAUAACGAAAAACAAUGAUUAUUUUCACGACAAACCGAUACCAUCGUUACGGGCCUGGCCGCUGCUGGGGACAACCGCCCCUCUUCUGUUGAAGCAGGUCACGUUCGGUGAUUUUGUUAUGUACGUGUACAACAAAUUUCCCGGCGUAAAGGUCCUCGGAAUGUUCGAUACGGUUACGCCGUUUUUUGUGAUCCGUGAUCCGGAGCUGAUCAAGCAGAUCGCCGUUAAGGACUUCGAUCACUUCAUGGAUCAUCAGCCCUUCUUCGGAGAACCUGACGACUCGGAAGACCAUCCCCACGCUCUGUUCAAGCGCAUUCUCUUUGCGUUGAAUGGUCAACGAUGGAGGAACAUGCGGGCCACGCUGAGUCCAGCUUUUACCGGACGGAAGAUGCGACUGAUGUUCAAACUGAUGGUUGACUGUAGCGAGCGGAUGCUGAAGCACUAUGAAGCGAAGAUGAGCAACACGAGUCGAAUGGAGGUCGAGAUUAAAGAUAUGCUAAGUCGGUACGGGAUUAACGUUAUCGCAUCGUGUGCUUACGGGAUCGAUGUGGAUUGCUUCAAGGAUGACGCUCAUGAGUUUAUGUACCACGGAAAGAGAAUGAUGCAAAUGGGGAGUCCGCUCGUAAUCGCGAAGAUGCUGUUCAUGAAAAUGUUCCCUAAAAUCUCGAAGGACUGGGGAAUAGAUGUGUUGAAUCGGGAACAGGCGGAGUACUUCACCAAGCUGAUCAAAGACACUGUCCGCGCAAGAGAAAGUCAGGGGAUUGUACGUAACGAUAUGGUCGACAUGUUGUUGGAAGCUCGUAAGGGUACGCUAAGAUACGAGGAGGAAGAACGAGAAGACGAGCAGGAAGGGUUCGCCACAGUUCAGGAAUCUGAAGUGGGGAAGGCGCAGAUAACUUGGUCCAUCUCAGAAACGGAAAUGAUCGCACAGUGUCUAAUAUUCUUCAUCGCUGGAUUCGAGUCUGUAUCAACGACAUCCAUGUUUCUUAUUUACGAGUUGAUCCUACAUCCGGACAUUCAGCAGCGAUUGUACGAAGAAGUUCAACAGACUUACAAACAACUGGACGGAAAAUUGCUAACCUACGAUGCUCUCCAGGGAAUGAAGUACAUGGAUAUGGUCGUUUCGGAAACAUUGCGCAUGUGGCCAUUGGCGGCCAUUGCGGAUCGACAGUGCAUACGAGACUACAACCUGGACGACGGUGAAGGUCUCAAGUUUACCAUCGAUAAAGGCACUUGCGUGUGGAUCCCGAUCCACGGCAUUCACCACGAUCCGCAGUACCAUCCGAAUCCGGGCGAGUUUGAUCCAGAGCGAUUCAGCGAUGCGAACAAAGCCAACAUCAAGGUGGGGACGUAUCUUCCGUUCGGUAUUGGUCCGAGGAACUGCAUCGGGUCGCGGUUUGCGCUGAUGGAACUUAAGGCAGUUAUGUACCACAUGCUGCGCAGAUUUUCGUUCCAUCGAAGCGAGAAGACGCAAAUUCCGCUGAAACUACGCAAGGGCAUGAACAACGUUGGAACGGAAGAGGGGAUACAUGUGGAGCUGCGGCUACGGGAUUCGUGAAAGGUGGAAGCUGACUGUUAAUCGCCUCAAUUUAUUUUAAUUUUAUAAUUUUAGAUAAUAAACUAUCUGACUUCAAUAAAAAAAAACCCUUUGUAAAUUGUGAAUAAAAUAAAAAAUCCCUCUGCAAAAUUGGAAAUUUUGCACACAGAAAUAAUAAAUUUACA